AGUAGGUUCUUCAGUGUUGUGUGAUGAGAAGCGGAUUCAUUUUGAAACAUUUUAUUCACUGCAGCAACAUGACGAUCUUUCAGCUUCAGCUCUAUGUAUUAAUCUUUUGUCAGUAUGCAGUGGCAGAUCUUUUAACUGAUGUGGGAUCAAAUGUGACCAUAAACUGUGAUCUUGAUGAAAAGGAGGUUUACUGGAUUUUACUGAAAGCAGCAGAUCCUCCAACAGUCAUUCUACAGUCAUUCUCAACAUCAGCUUUUUACCAUAAUAAAACAUUCAAAAAGAAAUAUUCAGUGCAGUUUAAACAUCGUCUAGUUAUUAAUAAUGUGACUGCUGAUGAAUUAGGAGUUUAUUACUGUAUGAACACACGCACACCUCCAAAACUCAGCAACAGCACCAGAAUAUAUUUCAAUGAACCAACUGAGUGUCACAAUCACACAGUGACUGAGUAUAUCGAGCAGAAUCAGACACUAUGGAAGAGUAUUAUCAUCAUAUCUGGACUGAUGAAUGGGCUUCUGGUUACUGUAGUGGUCGGACUGGUAAAGGUUUUUGUUGUUGGAAACAGAAGGUCUGCAAAAAAGCCAGAACAACUAAACUCUUAUCUACAACAGACACAAGUUACAGAGCCACAUCGGGACCAGUUGCAGUAUGCCACGGUUGACUUUUCCAAGCUGCGUAAAAAUAUUCCGUCCAGCCAAAUCAACAGCACGUACGCUGCUCUAAACCUGCCGAAGUCAUGAAUAUAUGAGUAUGAUUGAUUUUAUACUUCUUUGGUUCAUAUUUUCAAGAUUUUCUAAAAAUGUCUUAUAUUUUAUACUCGACUAGAUUAAAAAUUUGUAAUAUUUCAACCUGCUUUCUAAAGACUGGUUGGAAGUCAUGAGGUCACAUUUAUUUUACUGAAUUGACAAUCACAGUUUUGUAUUUCUUUUUAUGUAUAUAUCUGAAGAGUACUCAAAUAAUUAGUAGAAAAUAUUACCUGGAAAAUAUUCAGUAGACACUUUUUCUUUCACUCUACACUUGUUUGAAUGUUUUAUAUAUAAAAAUAUGUACCAGAUUUUAAGUGUAUUAAGUGGGUCUUGUAAUAGAGUCAUGUUUGUGAGUCAGUGGCAUCAAAAACUUUAAAACCCCUGCUUCAGAUAGCUGUUGUAAGCCAUUUCAGUUUUUUUUAUUUUUUUUAUUUUUUUGUAAGAGGUUGUAGAUUCUAAUAAAUGUAUGAAAGGGGAUGGAGAGUGCACCAUAUUUAUUAUUUUUGUGAAGCCUGUUGGUUGUGUUUUCAGUGCUGUUGGACUGAGAAGAGAUUCAUUUUUAUAAAAUACUUGACUGUUUCUUUAGACAAAAUAGUUUAACUAAUACAUAUAUAAAAAAUCAUUUAAAUGUUCAUAAGUUGGUUAGGUCUGUUAGUGUGAAAUGUUGUGGUUUGUCAACCUACUCUCCUCGACCUCGGC